UUCCCCGCGUUUAUUAAGGGCUCAACUCCCGCCUCUCGCUUACUCUUCUGCAGCUCCCAACUCCGCUCGGCCUUGCUGCUUCCAGGCAGCCACCGCCAGCCUUGAACUUGGUCUCCGGCCAUGCGUCUCCUCGCGUUCCUGCUGUGCGCUCUUAGGUCGGCAGUGAGGGCGGAGAACUCUGAUGAUUAUGAGCUCAUGUAUGUGAAUUUGGACAACGAAAUUGACAAUGGGCUUCAUCCCACCACCGAGGACCCCACGCUGUGCGACUGUCGCCAAGAGCACUCUGAGUGGGACAAACUCUUCAUCAUGCUGGAGAACUCGCAGAUGAGGGAGAGCAUGCUGCUGCAGGCCACCGACGACGUGCUCCGCGGCGAGCUGCAGAGGCUGCAGGCGGAGCUCGGCGGGCUGGCAGCAACCCUCCUGGCCAGGCCGCGCGCUUCUGCUGCUGGGGCGGCCGCCGAGGCUAGGCUGGCGCGCGCGCUGGACCGGCUGCUGCAGGAGAGCCGCGAUGCGGGCCGCCGCCUGGCGCGCCUGGAGGACGCGGGACCGCCGCGGGAGGCGGCCGGGCGCACCCUGGACGCGGUGCUCCUGGAGCUGCGGCGCACCAGGGCCGACCUGCGCGCUGGGCUGGGCUGGGCCGCUCGCCGCUGGCUGCCAGCAGGCUGUGAAACAGCGAUUUUAUUCCCAAUGCGUUCCAAGAAGAUUUUUGGCAGUGUUCAUCCUGUGAGACCAAUGAAGCUGGAGGCUUUCAGUACUUGCAUUUGGGUCAAAGCUACUGACGUAUUAAACAAAACCAUCCUGUUCUCCUAUGGCACCAAGAGGAAUCCCUAUGAGAUCCAGCUGUACCUGAGCUCUCAGGCCCUGGUGUUUGUGGUGGGAGGAGAGGAGAACAGGCUGGCUGCGGAUGGCACGGUUUUCCUGGGAAAGUGGACCCACUUGUGUGGUACCUGGACUUCCGAGAAUGGGAGCAUGGCCUUGUGGGCCAGCGGGGAGCUGGUGGCCACAGCUGUGGGGAUGGGCACAGGGCACAUUGUUCCUGAGGGAGGAAUCCUGCAGAUUGGCCAAGAAAAGAAUGGUUGCUGUGUGGGCGGGGGGUUUGAUGAAACCUUAGCGUUUUCUGGAAGACUCACAGGCUUCAAUAUCUGGGACCGAGUGCUGAGCCCGGGGGAGAUAAGAGAGCGUGGAGCAGAGGAGUCCUGUCACCUCCGGGGGGACAUUGUGGGCUGGGGAGUCACCGAGAUUCAGCCCCACGGAGGAGCGCAGUAUGUGUCUUAAGUGUUGUGAAACCCCACUUGGAGCCAAAGAAGGAAACUCACACUAAAUAUUUGCCAGUUGGGAAACUCUGUAAACUUCAGUGUGCAGUAACACUCCAGGCUAAUGGAGAGUGCUGAGAUUGGUCUUUUAUUUAUCUUGGCAAAAUACUGGCUAAGCAGUUGAAGGGGAGACAUUGGAGAAAGUUUUGGGGAUACUGUUACCAGACUUCAUGCCAUGGUGCUUUCAGAUUAAUGUUGUGUCUCUGCAGAUAAACUCUCAAAUAAUUAAAAAAGACUGUGCCGUGGACAGAAGGACGAUUAUUUUACUUUGAUCUUGUUUUGGCCUGAAAUGGCAUUUUACAUUGGAAGGUUGCAAAACAAGACUUCUUGUCUGUCCAUUGUUUAUUGUUAUUGCUAUGUAUCUUGUCACAAAAAAAUGAGGAUAGAAUAUAUUUAUGCUACCAAGUGACUUAACAAUUAAGAAUGUAGUUUAUGUGAUAACCAGGUGCUCCUUUUUUGGAGAAGGUAGUUGUGUAAGUUAUAUUGUAAAGUGGAUUUGUAUUAAUUUUAUUUUUGUAAAUCUUUACUGUAAAUAAAAUGUUUUAUAAACUC